ACUUAAUUUUUUUUACGUGCACCUGUCUGAUUGGUUGUGAUAAUUAUUUAAAUAAGUGUGUGUUCAUUUAUUUAUGAUAAUGUCAUUAUAUAUAUUUUCAUUGUCUUGUUUAUUUAUUUUCUCUGGAUAAAAAGAGUAUCGUGAUAACAGGACUUGGAGCACUUGGUACGUGGAGCUGCUGAUGGAGUCUCGCAAAAAUUUUAAACUAUUUUUUAAAAUUUAUUUAAAUUAAAUGAAUAAAUAAAAACUGGAGCUCAGAUUAAUUGAAUUGUCUGAUGGAUAAAUUAAUGCAAGGUAUUAAAACAAUAAUUAUUAUUUAAAUAAUAAUAAUAAUAACAAUAAUAAUAACAUUGAUUGGUUGGCUAAAUGUACGAGUUUGAAAACGAGAGACUUAUGUCAGAAAGUGCCGAGGAACGGGCGAUCAGACUGUACACUGCAGCAGAGAGGAUGAAGAAUGUCAGAGCCAAGGAGUCUGAGGACCAGGCGGCUCUCAGGAGGAUGCAGGAGGCCCAGAGGAUGGCCAGGCAUCGGGCUAAAAAGAAACGAUGUCUUGAUGAGAACCUGGCCAGGGAAAUUUCAAAGAUCGCGGAAUUGUCCAAGAUGCCGGACGCAGCGACUAUUGCACAGAUGUCGGAGAUGAACAUGAACAAAAUAUCCGCAGAGUUGAAGCAGAUGAUGGAGCGGGGUAAAGUUCCUGAGCACAUUGUCCAGAUGGCCCAGUUGGCUGAGUUCAGUAAAAUGACUGAGUUGAAUAAAAUGUCACAGGACAUGGCCAAGAGGUACGAGAUGGAAAAAAUGGCCGAGUACGCAAAGACAACUGAGUACAUAAAGAUGCAGGAAAUCGCCAAGAUGUCUGAGCUGGCAAAAAUGAAUGAAAUGGUUAAAUAUUCAGAGAUGGCCAAGUAUUCAAAUGACAUUUCCAAGAUGAAUGAAAUAGCAAAGAUGAACGAGAUGAUGAAAAUAUCACAGAUGGCUAAAAUAAAUGAGGUACAGCGAAUGAAUGAAAUUGCAAAGUUGAAUGAGAUGGUAAAGAUGACGGAAAUGGCUAAAUAUAAUGACAUGACUAAGUACAAUGAGAUCGCACAGAUAAAUGAAAUGGCCAAGGAGUUUGUUAAAAUGAGCGAGAAAUCUAAAAUGAAUGAGAUGAUUAAAAUGGCUAAUAUGCAAAAUGAUAUCACCAAGAUGCCUGAAUACUCGAAGAUGGCUGAGAUGGCGAAACUUACUGAGCUAGCUAAACUCAAUGAGAUAACAAUAACUAAAUUAAAUGAUCCACCACAACCUGUGUCCCAUCAUCAACAACAUCAGCAACACCAGCAGCAACAUCAACAACAUCAACACCAGCAGCAUCAGCAGCACCAGCAUCAACAUCAGCAGCACCAGCAUCAACAACAUCAUCAACAGCAUCAGCACCAACAACACCAACAGCACCAGCACCAGCAGCUACAACAGCAGCAACCACCGCCUCCGCCUCCACCGCCGAAGCAAGAAAUUCCCCGGAUCCCGGAGCCCGUUAUCACGGUACCGAAUCCCAGAAACCUGCAAAAUGCCCAGACGGCCCAGGUACAAAAUGUACAGGCGAGUCCUUCGAGUACUAUUAAUUUUCCCUCUGUACCAGGGCAAGGAAAGUACGCCCAGCUGCUGGUUAUUAUUGAAGAACUGGGCCGCGAUAUUCGUCUGUCGUAUGCUGGGAGUCGCAGUGCCGCUGAGAGGCUAAAGAUGGGCAUCCAGCACGCGAGGAUUCUCGUCAGAGAGUGUCUGCUGGAGACAGAACACAAUGCACGGCAAUGAUCUUCUGACUAUCAUUUACUAGAUAUAGGAUAGUUUAUUUUAUAUUUAAAUUCUUGGGUACAAAGAGUCUCAUUUUUAAUUAAUUUUUUUAAUUAAUUAAUUUAGGUGAUAUUUUGGCUGAUAAAUUUCUCAUGUGAUGGGAUUUUUUUAUGCCAAGUAAAAUAUAAAUAUUUCGGUGAUAUUUUAAAAGUCAAAAUUUCCUCUUUAUUUUAAAAAAUAUAUAAUUAUUAUUAUUAAUAUAAAUAUUAAUGUGAUUAUUAUUUCUGCGAUUAAAAUUAGUGAGACUUUUUGUAUAAUUAAAUACCAUAGUUCAGGUAUAAAAUGAACUUGGUAGUAUUUUUAAAUGGAAGUGUCUUAACUUCCGCGUGAGUAAUAUUAAUUUAUAUUAAAUAAAAUAAUUAAAAGGAAUGAGCUAAUUAGUGAGAUAUAAAAAAAAGUGCAAACUAAUUAUUUUACAUAAAAAUCAUUUUAAUUAUUACGGUAUUUUAUUAUUUUUCAGCAAUAAUUUAGCUCGGAUACGCUUAUCAUCCGUAAGGAAAAUCAAAAAUUUGAUUUUAUUUAAAUUUUAUUAGGGUUAAAAAAAAUUAUGAUCCUGAUGUUAGCAGACAGUUAAAAAUUUUCGAAUUUUUGUUUCAACGACUUAAUUUAAAAAAAAAAUAAAAAUAAAAAUAUGCACAUGUAGAAAAUUUAAUAAACUACAGGUGCAAUUUUUUCAAAUAUUUUUUUUUUUAUAAUUUAUUGUUUAAAAAAAAAUCCAAAAAUUAUUGGACGCCGGCUAACUUCAGUACCAUAAAAAAUUACGAUCCUGAAGUUAGCAGACAUUUAAAAAUUUUUGAAUUUUCGUUUUUCAAUAAAUCAACUGCAAAAAAAUAUGCACAUGUAGAAAAUUUAAAAAACUACAGGUGCAAUUUUUUCAAAUAUUUUUUUAAAAAUUUUUUAUCGUCUAAAAAAAAAUCCAAAAAUUAUUAGACGUCUGCUAACUUCAGUAUCAUAAAAAAUUAUGUGAUGUCUGAUUAUUUUGAAUUUUUAAAAUAAUAAAAAUGGUGAUUUUUACAAUCAAAUGUAUAAAAAAUUUUGGUAACUUUUUAAAAUUGAGCUGGAAUCUAAAGUUAUUUUUGUGCUAAAAAUAAAUGAAUCUCGAUUUUAAUAAUUUUAUUGUUAAUUAGACAUAAGUUUAUUAUUGAUAAUUCAUUAAUUAUAUAUUUUUUUUACUUAAUAUUUUUAAAAACACCUGGUGGAUUUAUUAUUAAUUGAUGUACUUUUACUCUAAGCACUUAACAUCCGUAUUAUCUUUACAGAUAUUGUUUUUAAAAUAAUUAUUUUAUUUCAAAUUGUCAAGCAGGAUUUUUAAAAAUAAGUAUGAGCCUUUCAUAUAGAUGAUAUU